AUGUCUCUCAGCGAUGGCUCUGUAUCAUCUACUCAUUCCCUCAGAUUACAGGGACCUAUCCAAGACAAAGAUAUGCUACCAAGAUUGGAUAGAAGUUGUAAAGCUCCUGCACAUUGGACACAUGAUGAAGAAGCAAGAUUCCUCCAGUACCUCCUCACCCAUAAGGCGCAGGCUGGGGACACCAUGAGCUUCAAAAAGUCGACCUUUCAAGGAGCUGCUGCUGAUAUCAGUCAGGUGUUUCCUAAUCAGCGUGGAGGGGAAAAGACUGCAAAUGUCUGCAAGACAAAGUGGACCAAUCUAAAGGCUUCUUACAACGCCAUCAUCAACAUCAAGAAAACAUCAGGCUUUUCAUGGAGUAACAAGCUUGGAGCAGGAAUUACAGAUGCACAUGGGGACAUUUGGGAGAAAUAUGUCAAGAACAGUCCCGCUGCGAAACCAUUCAAGACUAAGGGGUUCUUGCACUUCAACACAAUCGACCAGAUCAUGCCCCAUAGGCCAAGCACUGCAAAAGGAAAGUUUGUCAAGUGUCAGCCCCAGGCCGGCCUGAUGGUCCCAGCUGCACCUUCUGAGUCGUCAUCUUCCAGCGCUGUUAUGAUGCCCCCUCCACCUUAUCCUCUGACUCCUGCUGCACAUAACACCAUGAAUUUGAUGCAGCUCGUGUCUGCUACUGACGAGAUCAAUUGUCUCCACUGGCCCAGGCAUCCAUGA